AUGUUCGCAGCCAUGCUGCGGCUGCCUGAGGGCACGGAGGUGAUCCAAGAAUCAGUGUGCUUACCUCUUUUCCUCCUUCCACCCCCUCCCCCCUCCCCUUCCCCCUCUCCCCCCUUCCGGCCGCAGAUGAAGGAGACGCUCAUGUUCGCGGCCAUGCUGCGGCUGCCCGAGGACACGGAGGAGAUUGCAGAGACACUCGCCCCUCCUCUCGCUCAUCCUCUCCCCCUCAUCCACCCCCCCGCCUCCACCCCCCGGCAGGUAAAGGAGACGCUCAUGUUCGCGGCCAUGCUGCGGCUGCCUGAGGGCACGGAGGAGAUCGACCAGAUCGUGCGAGUGGAGCAUGUGCUUGACUCGCUGGAGCUCACUCACUGUGCGGACAAGGUGAUAGGGCGCACGGGGCGCAAUGCAGUGCUGUACAACGAGCUCAGGCGCCUGGCCAUUGGGGUGCAAAUGAUCGUUAACCCACCGCUGCUGCUGCUCGAUGAACCAACUUCGGGCCUCGAUGGUGCCAUGGCUCUCCGCAUAACCAGAGCUCUGCACUCAUAUGCGCUAGCAGGCAGAUCAGUGGUAGCAACAAUGAAGCAGCCGUCCUCCAAGAUGUUCUCUCUCUUCACGCACCUCCUCCUCAUCACCGACGGAAACCCCAUCUUCUUCGGCGCGGCUGAUGCCGCUCUCCCCUACUUCGACUCCAUCGGCUACACCAUGGCCCCGGACACCAGCGCUGCCGAGUUCUUCCUCGACCUGACGGCCCCCGAAGCAGCGGACGCAUCGAUUCAUUUCGGCACGUCCACCAACCUCAUCCGCCUGUGGGCCACCGGUGACGCCGCCAGGGAGAUAGAGCGAGCCGCCAUGCCCUCUGCUGCUGCUGCCUCUGCUAAGAGACGCAAGGGGAAAGACGCUGGGAAUGGGGAUGUUGAGGAAGGGGAGGGAGCAGGAGGGGGAGCGGGGACAGGAGGGGGAGAGGAAGGGGGUGUGGGAACUCGCUUCCGUGUGCUGGCACGGCGGCAUGUGCUGUCGUAUCGGGUGGUGAAUCAGGACUGGAUCUUCGUGGGUGUGGUGGCGGCAAGCCUGGUUGUGUGCUCCUUACUGCCAGGCUGCCUGUGGUACAAGCGCGACCCCACCACAGCCCAGGGAGUUCGCGACCUGGCAGGGCUGAUUUUCUUCUCACAGUUCUUCUGGGGCCUCGUGCCCAUGCUCACCUCCGUCAUCACCUUUUUAGAAGACCGCAAGUCAGUCCAAAAAGAGCAAGAGGACGGCGUGUAUCAUAUCUCCGCGUACUACGCCGCCCGGACGCUCCUCAGCCUGCCGUACGAGAUCCUGCCACCUGUCUUCUACAGCCUCAUCGUCUACUGGAUGACCGGGCUGGACCCGUCGGGCGGCCGGUUCGUCUUAUUCACUCUCGUCCUUAUCCUAGAUACGAUGGUGGCUUCGUCCAUUGGGAUGGCGGUCGGCACGGCAUCGUCUACAGUGAAACAGGGGAUCUCAAUAGCGGCGAUCCUGCAGCUGCUGUCGGUGAUGGUCGUGCAUUUCUUGUCUCUCAGUCCCCCCGACUGGGUGGGGUGGACGCAGUACCUCUCCUUCUCCACCUACGUCAACAAGUUCGUGCUGCACUCUGGACUGCUUUAUUGGCUGCGUUCUUUGCUUCAUCUUUCCUCUUGCACGCUCACUCAUUUGCCCUCAAUCGUCCCCCCCUCCCCACCACCCCUUUCCGCUGCCUGGCCCAUUCAUGCCGCAAUUUCCCACUCGCCAGUUAAUGAGCACCCGAACCAGCCCUCCGCCAAGCGCUACCGCGGCGUGCGACAGCGCUCCUGGGGCAAGUGGGUGUGCGAGAUUCGCGAGCCGCGCACGCGCGCGCGCGUGUGGCUGGGAUCGUACAGUUCUGCGGAGGAGGCCGCGCGCGUCUACGACACCGCUGCACUCAUGCUGCACGGAGCGCACGGCGCGGAGCGCCGGCUGAACUUCCCCCACGCGGCGGCGACCUCCAUCGAGGGCGGAAUCCGCAUGCGCCCCGUCGUGGUCUCCCGCGCAACGGCGGAGUCCCUCCUCCGCGCGGCGCGCAACCUCGCCGCGUCCGCGACCGGCGCGGAGUCUGCGGCCGCGGAAGCGGACACGAAGUCAUUCAACAGCGAAUGGGUACAGUUGGAAAUCGCGGGCGGUAACGUCCUCUUUGCGGAGUGCCCCGCGCCCGGGCUCCUCCCAUUCACCCCCAUCGCUCCAGCUCCCGCCGUUGCGCCGUCGGUCCCCGCUGCCGCCCCCGCGCCUGCUGCCAAUCCCUCAUCUUCUCCUGUCCCCACUCUCUCGUCUUGCGACAACCUGCCCGUCGCAUCGUUCACAAGUGCCGCCGACGUCGCAGACGUUGCGUGCUUCAGCAGUUACAACGACAGCAGCUCUAUUCUGGAGCUUCCAGAGCUCCACUGGCCGGAAAUCGAGAAGUCCGAGUCGACACUCUUCGAGGACGCCUGGAAUCUGUCCGAUGAGGAGCUUUUCGGCUCCGUUUCCGCUUCCGCCUCCGCCUCCGCUUCCGCUUCCCCCUCCCGCGACUCAGCCUUCGCCUGGGAGUCCGAGUCCGCCGCCCCGCUCGAGAGCCCCGUUCCGUUUUUCCCGGUCGAGGACGAGGGAAUUCAGUUCGUGCCGUCUCCGCCGACGCUUCCGCUGGUGUUCCCUGCACCUGUCAACGCGCCCUUGUCGCCGUCUUCCUCUUACGACAGCGUGUCGCGCUCCGCUUCCGUCGGCACGGCCUCCGCCGCCUCCGCGGGCUCCGCGGGGAACGCGCAGCAGCAGCAGCGCGCGGACGUGCUGGUGUCGCUGGUGCGCGAGUUGACGAGCAUCACGGCGGUGCUGCAGCACCUGCAGAAGGAGCAUCAGCUGCGGCUGAUGCAGCAGCAGCAGGCGCAGGUGCAGCAGUAG